GUUGAAGUGUUUACGGUGUAGAGGUGCAUGCUGUGUAAUGUAUUUAAGGCUAGUAAAAUUUUACUUCUGAUAGAAUAGACAAAUCAACCGAGAUAAACAAAUGGGCUGGCGUUUUGAAAAGUCCUGGCCUUUUUUUCCUAUAGCUUAAUUAGCCACAAGAAGCCCUCCAUAACUGCUGAAAACUUCUCUCCAGCGGUUAGCUUUCCUUUCGUUAUAAUUGAGAGUAAUCAUGGCAUCUUCUGCACUGGUUGUUCCAGUGAUUGAUGUCCAGAAUGAUAACCUCAAAGAGCUUUGGCCUGCUAUGGUAAUAGCUAUCAAAACGGCAUCAUUCGUUGCACUGGACACGGAGCUGAGUGGUCUUGGAAACAGAAAAUCGCUGCUGGCUCAAUCUAUAGAGGACCGAUAUAAAGCGAUCUGUCACGCUGCUCGCUCUCGCUCCAUCCUUUCUCUGGGAAUCAGCUGCUACAAGAAACUGGAAAACAAGGCUGCUGACACAUACCUGGUCCAGGUGUAUAAUCUCACCCUGCUGUGUUCAGAGGAGUACAUCAUAGAGCCUCAGUCGGUGCAGUUCCUGGUGCAGCACGGAUUUGACUUCAACAAGCAGUACGCACAUGGAAUCCCUUACUGCAAAGGCAACAAUAAGGCCGGAUCAGAUGACAAGGGCGUCCACAUCAGAGCCUUGUUCACUGAACUGCUGCGAGCCAGGAAACCUCUGGUGCUCCACAACGGUCUCAUUGACAUAGCCUUUCUUUACCAGAGUUUUUAUGCUCAUCUUCCUGAGCACUUGGCUACCUUCACAGCUGACCUAUCAGAGAUGUUUCCUGCUGGCAUCUAUGACACUAAAUAUGUCACCGAGUUUGAGCUCCGACUAACUGCCUCGUAUUUGGAGUACGCCUACAAGAAAUGUAAGCUGGACAACAGUCGCAAUGUGACCUCUGGAGGUGCCGGGCCUAAUGUUCAUGUAGAGUUCUGUCAGUACGGGGGUAAAAUGUCCAGCUACGUGGACUUCAGGCCGUGCCCCGCUGUAGCUCCUUUUGAGGGACAGGCUAACAUCUGCGAGCGCUUCUCUGCGUUUGGUUGGUGCCCAAAUGGCUCAGAGUGUCCAUUAUCCCACGACACUGACCAGAUCAUCCUCCAGGAUGAGAAGAGCUCAGGGGAAAAGAGGAAAAAGAGGAAGAGACAUAGAGAGAAGAAGAAAGGUCGAGGAAGCACUCUGGAUUCGUCUUCUAUUUUUGAUGGUGCCCCUGAAAACAAAAUUCCUCACAUGGAGGUGGAACCUGCAGAAACAGCAGAUGAUCAGAAAGAAGAGGAACAAUGCAUAGACAGUGUGCCUCUAGUGGACGAUGAUGGAGACUGUGAACAGAAUGAAGGAGAAAACAUGAAAAUAGAAGGUGAGGGGAAUGGAGUGUGUGCAACAACAGCCACUAAUGAUGACACAAAUGAGAACGACGGAGAAGAAACCAAAACAGAAAAUGAAGAGAAAGAAAAGUUGAGUGCGCCUCCAUCAGUUCAUAAUAAGAAGACGGACACAGGAACGCACCGUGCAGGGUUCGAUGCCUUCAUGACCGGCUACAUCUUCGCCUAUUCAUGUAUUCAGUUCAGGAAGGGUGGACUGGGAUCUGUGGAGGAGAAGCAGCAGGUGAAGGAGCAGGCGUGGCUUCCCUCCUGUGUCAAUAAGGUCUACCUGAGUGGAAAGGCAGCUCCUCUCAAUGUGGUCAAAAGCACCUUCUCUAAAUCAUCUAAGGCUCAUGUGCAGAAGAUGGAAAUGGUGUGGGGACACAAAGCUUAGAGGGGACUCUGCACAAACAGCAGAUUUUACUUUUAUCAUAUGGCGGUUCAUGUUUUAUUUUUUUAUGACAAGAGCUCCUUGUUUAGUAAAGUUUAUUUCAACAAACAGAAUUUUGAAAUAGUUUUAAGACAUUCAUGUUCCCAGAAGAUUAUUAGAAAUAAGAUGAUUUCCUGGUUUUUCUGAUACUAAGCUGCUGUAAUGUCUGGUGAACUAUUUUGACUAAACAUUUUUUUGUCUUUUAUCUUGGUUAAUAAUUAAAAUGUUAAAACAUAUGGCCUUACCUCAA